AUGGACACCAUUCUAGCCUGUCUCAGUGCCUGUCUUCCCUGUUUUCCUGACCUUGCCUCACCCUAUGUCUUCCUCAACACCCACAAGUACAAGAUUGUGCGUCUUCUCGGGGAGGGUGGCUUUUCCUACGUUUACCUCGUGAAAUCCAACAACAACUCGCUAUAUGCCUUGAAGAAAAUCAGAUGCCCCUAUGGACUGAAUGACGAGACUUACAAAAACGCCAUGAACGAAAUCAAAAACUACCACCGUUUCGCCAACUCCAAGACACCAUACAUAAUACAGUCAAUUGAAGAAGCCAUCGUCAACGAACCGGACGGUUCAAAGACUAUCUAUGUCCUCUUGCCCUACUUCGAGAAAUCGCUCCAGGAUAUCAUCAAUGACCUCGUUCUCAACGAUAGAAAGAUGGAUCAAGACGAAAUCUUGAAAAUCGUCAUUGGAGUAUGCCGAGGCUUGAAAGUCAUGCACAACUUCAAAAAAGUGGGCAGCUCAAGCACUACUGUCGUUCCAGAAGAGGAGGAAGAAGAUCUCUUGCUACCAGCGGGCAGUGAUGACGAAGACGAAGUAGUGUCGAAUUUGGCCAGCGGAACCGAACUCGCUGAAUUGGCUCCUUUUGCGCACAGAGACAUCAAGCCUGCUAAUGUAAUGCUUUCAGCUGAGGGAUUGCCAGUACUUGUAGACUUGGGCUCAUGCUCUAAGGCACGUUUCCAUGUGAAAAAUCGCCAGCAGGCACUUACUCUAACAGACUUUGCUCAAGAACACUGUACUCUACCAUAUAGAGCCCCGGAACUUUUGGACGUGGAGACAAAUGCCAGAAUAACUGAGAAAACUGACAUAUGGUCCCUCGGAUGUUUGAUCUACUGCUGCUGUUUCGGCUUUUCCCCGUUUGAGAAAUUGGAAAUCGAACAGGGUGCAAAUUUGAACUUGGCCAUUUCCCAGGGCAGAUACUCUAUCCCAAGUGACAAAAGAGGCUAUUCCGACGAUUUGAUAGCUAUAAUUAAACAGUGUCUUGUGCUUAAGCCAGAGAACAGAGCCGAUGUCGACACGAUCUUGGAGGCUGCUUUGAGUCUUACCCGAAGUCAAGCAUACUGA